CAGUUCUGUAUUCUGGUAUGAAGAUAUUUUGAAGACCGACAAGCUAACAUCGCUGUUGAAGACAAUAAAUUCUUCUCCGUACAAGAACUCUGGUCAAGCUUACUAAUUAUUACAUGCCAGAAUUAUUGGAACUUUAUAAAACCAGGUAUGGGCACCGUUGCAACCUGGACAUGGCGAAUCAUCCUUCUUUGCAUAUUUUUAACAUGUCCCAUCAUGAGCCGUCCAAUGUUGCUGUCAGAGUUUCCAUUCCUCACAGUAUGGAACGCUCCUACUGAAAAAUGUGCAUCUCAAUAUGGAGUUGAUCUGGACUUGAGCACUUUUGAUAUCAUCCACAACAAGAACGAGGGCUUUAUAGGCGGUAACAUAACCAUCUUCUAUUCGAAUAAGCUGGGCUUCUAUCCUCACUACACUGAGAAAAAUGAAUCUGUAUAUGGAGGUGUACCCCAGAACUUCAGCUUGGAUGAGCACCUCUCGCAAGCCUAUGCAGAUUUGCAAAAGAACAUUCUAUAUCAAAACUUCACUGGCCUGGCUGUAGUGGACUGGGAGAGCUGGAGACCACUGUGGGACCGUAACUGGGAUAGAAAAGAGGUAUACCAAGAAGGCUCUAGAAUACUAGUGAGGGCUAAACACCCUGACUGGAAACCAAAGCAGAUAGAAGCCCAGGCCAAGAAAGACUUUGAAGGUGAAGCGCAAAAGUUCAUGGAGAAAACGAUAGAGCUCGGACGAACUGAGCGACCAGGGGGGCUGUGGGGUUUCUACGGCUUUCCAUGCUGCUACAACUACCAGUACAAAAAAAAUGAGACAUACACAGGGGAGUGUCCACUGCUAGACAUGAUGAGAAACAACAAGUUGUCUUGGUUGUGGAACGUAAGCACGGCUCUGUACCCUGAAAUUUACCUAGAUCUGAGCCUUAAGGGUCGUGACAGAGACAUUCUACUGUAUUCCCGAUAUCGAAUACAGGAGGGUAUGAGAAUCAGAGAGAAAACCUUUCCUAUUCAACCAGUUGUCAUCCCCUACGCUCGUAUCGUGUAUACCUACUCAAUGACCUUCCUCUCACAGGAGGAUCUGGUUCAUACCAUUGGAGAGAGUGUCGCGUUAGGGGCAGCAGGAGUAGUGCUAUGGGGUGAUGCUGACUACGCCACAAACAAGAGCACAUGUCUAGCAGUGAAGAGUUACAUUGAUGAGACUCUGGGCCGAUAUUUGGUGAAUGUGACUACAGCAGCGCGUCUCUGCAGCAAGGAACUGUGUUCGUCUAAUGGCCGGUGUGUGCGGCAAGACGUAGCUUCUUCUGCCUACCUUCAUCUUGACCCAGCAGUAUGGACCAUCAUCCCUAGAGCUGAGCUUCCUGACCAGAACCCCAACAGUCCUUCAUAUGUCAUACAAAUGAAGAAUAAGGAGGAGGGCUAUUAUUUUACAAAACUAUUUAAGUGCCAGUGUUAUCCAGGCUGGGAGGGUGAACACUGUGAGAAAAAGAUUGCUCCUAAGACUAGACAGAGAAAGUGAAUAUCUAUAGAAUUUUUUUUUUAAAAAAGAAAAAGGACUGGACGAGUUGUAGUGUGAGCAGUCAGUGCUAGUGCAUCCUGAAAAGACAGACACUCUGGUCAAAUUUUAAGUAUCACAAAAUGACAAACCUACCUUAGGAUGACCGUAAGAUUUUAAUCCAAAGUUUAAAAAAAAAGUUUAAAAUGAACCUUAACUGGCAUGACUAUUUUUAGCUGCUAUAUUACUUUACAGCUGAGGUCUAGAACACUGGUGUAAUAUAUUUUUGAGAAAGCUGCUAUUUUAAACCUUGAAUCAGGUAAGUUAUUUGAAAGGUCUAGAAAAAAAAAAAUCUGUAAUUCAGUAAAUUAAGUUUUUUUUCAAUACCACUAUUAGAAUUAUUUCAGAAUGAACAGUGAAAGAAACUCUUAAUGCUUCAGUGUAUCGAGACAUUUUGGAUAAUUUCAUACUCAGAACUUUAUGGGAACAGUUUGAGGGUUGGCCCCUUCCUGUUCCAACAUGACUGCACACUAUAACCGUACCAGCUAUUAAAACUAGAAUUUUUAUAACAAAAGGGGGGUCAAAUUCUUUGCAGUGUACUAGGGGUCAUAUAAUAAAUGCAAAAACAAACAAGACAGAAAAAUUCCUCUUCUCAAUAUGUAUUGCAAUCAACAAAUUGCAAACAUAAAGCAUAAAAUAAACUCAUACAAAUGCUGAUAUAACAAGAAUAAUAUCCAGUGUAAAUGGGUACGCUAGUUUUGAAAUGGAUGGUUUGUAUUGCUGACAUACCUGACACUCCUUACAAUGUUUCCAUACAUCUGAGCACAUAGUAGGCCAGUAACAAAUGUCUAUCAGUCUCAGUAAAGUUUUGAGUCUGCCAAGAUGUCCACUUAAAGGGUUAUUGUGUGCAUAGUUAAGGAAAUCUUGUCUUAAGCAAGGAGGGAUGACUAGUUGAAGCUUGGGUCCUUUUUGUCCUUGUGGCAUGCUACGAAAGAGAAAUCAGGUAAUGAAUGUGUUUUAUCAGGUAAUGAAUGUGUGUGGGAUCUGGCUCAGUAACUGUUUUAGUUUUUGAGAUGAGCUCUUGAAUAACUAUACUGCGUGACCGUGUAUCAGGCACUAUGUUGCAUUGACCUUUACGGUACUUUACGAUGAAGUCAAACUCUUGCAAGCGAAGGGACCAACGGAUCAGAUGUGAAGAGGGUUUUGGGUGGUUGAAUACCCAGGUUAAAGCAGCAUGAUCAGUUAUCACUUCGAAAGUUCGUCCUUCUAGGUAAGGCCGCCAUUUUUCAAUUGCCCAGAUCACUGCACAACACUCUUUCUGAGACAGAGUAUGACUUCUCAGCUCCUUGCAGUAAACGUGAGGCAUAGGCAACGACAUGUUCAACACUGUCUAUAUCCUGGGUUAAGACUGCCCCCAAACCAAUAUCACUGGCAUCAGUCUGGACUUUAAAUGAUUUUGACAAAUCCGGGGCAAUUAAAACUGGAAUGCUGGUCAAUCCAUGUUUGAUUAAUUCAAAAGAAUGUUUACACUCCUCUGUCCAAGUCCAUGUAGCUCCCUUCCUUUUCAAGGCAUGCAAUGGGGCAGUUUUCUCAGAAAAUUGAGGAAUGAAUUGAUACCAUCCGGCUAGGCCUAAGAAACAUUCUUUUAAGGAUUUGGGGACGGGAAAGUUGACAACAGCUUCAACUUUGGCAGGGUCAGUCUUGAUUCCAUCUAAAAACUUCAGGGAUUUUUGCAUCAAGUUACACUUCUGGAGGUUCAGGGUAAGACCUGCUCGACUGAGACACUGGAAGACUGCUCUUAAGUGGGCUAGAUGUUCUUGCUCUGUUCUUACUCUACUACGUCAAUGUAUACAAACAACUCUUAUCCUUUACACUUUUCAGCACCAACUCCAUCAAUCGCUGAAACAUGGCUGCAGAGUUUUUAAGGCCAAAGAGUAGACGAAGAAAUUCAUAUAGGCCUGAUGUAGUGAAAGCAGUUUUGGAAAUACUGUCUGGCUCCAUUUCAACUUGCCAAUACCCACUUUUAAGGUCGAGGGUACUGAAAAUAGCAGCCCCGUGUAAAGACUCAAGGAUCUCAUGUAUUUGUGGCAAGGGGUAACCGUCCAAGUACGUCUUUGAGUUUAAGCCUCUAAAAUCAAUACAGACUUGUUGUCCUCCACCCUUUUUCGGUACUAGGACCAUCGGUGCUGCCCAUGAAGAAAGUGAGGGUCUGAUGAUCUUCUUAUCCAGCAUUUCCUUGAUUUCCUGUUCAAUGAUCUGUUGUUUCUCAGGUGAUACUAUGGUUUCUAACGGAUGGGUACUUCACUGGUAGUAAUGAUACGGUGCUUGACUAUGUUGGUGUGUCCUAUUUUGUUGGUGCAAACAGUAGGCCAUUCUUUCAUCAGUUGUUUGAGUUGUGAUUGACAUUCUGAAGUUGUGUCUGCAUUGCUGACUAGUUGAUGAAUAAAUGUUUGGGUUUCUGGUGACUCUACGGUCAAUGGCAAGGCAAGGUAGAAAAAGAGUAAUGCAUUGGGGGAACUGAGAGACAUUAUUGAGAAUGUUUCUUCUUGUCCUUGAUUUCAGGCAGGCAAGGUAUACUGGGGAUUACGGACAUCCAACCUGAUUCCAGUAGUCAUCAGAAAAUCCAUACCCAAGAUAACUGGUACUGUGAGAUCCUCAUCCUUCAUAACAUACAAUGUCAAAUCAUACUUCCUUCCUUGCACUUCACAUUCACAGCUCCACAAACCUAAAGGAGAUAACACUUGGCCACUGGCUUGUUGGAAAGUUUGCCCUCGGCUAGAACUUAACGACUCUUGGCGUUUCAUCUGCCUCCAACAGGAUUCUUGUAUAAGAGUUAGGGAACUACUAGUAUCUAGCAUGGCCUGAAAAUAUCUCCCGUGGAUUAAUAUUGGCAGGGUGAUAAUCUUCAAGUUAUAUAGACUAAAAUUAGGAACAGGCUGCAGAACACGUGCAUGCGAAGGAUUCAACUUAGGAUGAGUACUUUGGUCCGUUAUAUUUCUACGCUUUUGGGUUUCAGCAUUGGCCUGGCUCCAAUACUUUUUGGCUUCCUCAAAGUCUCUCUCAAUUUGUGUUCCAACUCUUACCAAUUCACUCACUUCUUUCACGGUGCCCCUUAGCAAACUUGCAAAAGCAAAAUCCCAGAUCCCAGCAAAAUCUUUUGUACCUUGCUUUCUUUCCAGCAGGUGCUUAGCAGCUUUGGCUUCAUAGUCAUCAGACAAGAAUGCUUGUAAGAAAUGUUCCUUGAACUGAUCCCAAGUGAAAAUGUGCUAGCCACCAGUCUUUAGCUGUCCCUUUCAACAGUGAAGUGAGAGAAGGUAAAAUCUCUGAGUCAACAAGUGGUCUGAGAGCAAAAUAUUCUUCACAUCGUUCAACAAAAUAAAUUGGAUCGUCUCCUUCUGAACCGAAUUGUGGGAAUUCAACUCUUACCGGUGGGUGAUACGGGGCAGAUGUUGCAGUAUCAUGUAUGCUGGGGUUAUGAAGCUGUACAGUACGUGACUUAUUGGUAUUUUUUGGUAAGGCAGGGGUGAACAAUGGAGGUGAAACGGGGGUAGACAUGACAUGAGCAUAUGAUUUAAACUUUUUAUCAAGUUGGGCAUCUCUCCUCUUCAAACAAUCCACCACUGCUUUUGCCAAAUCACUUGUACUCAGUUGAAGAAGACUUAACUCUUUCACACUCCCUUUCAAUCUUGUAGAUCAACUUUUCUUCCAACAUACGAUAUUGGUCCAUAAAGUCAGCGAGUGGACAGUAUUGGCUCAGUUUUUGGGUGAAGGCUUGAACUUCCCCUUCGAGGGCAGAGAUACUAUUUAACAAUGAGUCAAUUACCUCUGCUGAAGGCUGAAUUUGAGGGACAGGUUUGUCAGGAGGAGGAGGAAAAAAUGAAGUAUCAAGAGGAAAAUUAGAAUCACCAUCUUCCUCGGAGUUGAUAUAUAGUUCACUGAGAGUGUCAAUAAGUUCUUGCACAGGUUGAGGUUCUCUUCGGGUGACAAAUGGACCUGCAGUGAAAUCAGGAUUGGGUUCGCACUCGUCCUCUGCACCAUGUGACCUUAUUGACAUGACUGAAACACAACAAACAAGAAGUAAUAAACAAACUAUAAACACUUAAACACUUAUGUAGCAAAGUAGGUCCCUGUUCGGGCGCCAAUCUAUAACCGUACCAGCUAUUAAAACUAGAAUUGUUAUAACAAAAGGGGGAUCAAAUUCUUUGCAGUGUACUAGGGGUCAUAUAAUAAAUGCAAAAACAAACAAGACAGAAAAAUUCCUCUUUUCACUAUAUAUUGCAAUCAACAAAUUACAAACAUAAACCAUAAAAUAAACUCAUACAAAGGCUGAUAUAACAAAAAUAAUAUCCAGUGUAAAUGGGUACGUGAUUAAGUCGGAUUAUAAGAUGUCCAAUAUGUUUGUCCAAACCAGUUGUUACGGUCUUAACUGAAGAUGAGAUGAUCCUUUUUUAUUGAAGUGUUUGAGGUAUGAAGCCGGUAAUGAAUUUCGAUUUAGUCCUUGAGCUGUAGCAGUAGAACACUCAACAGAAUGCCAAAGUUGUUCAUGCAUUCACCAGUACAGUUGGGAAUCUUGACUUUAUGCACAACAAGAAUCCUCUAGAAAAAGCAUAAUCAGUCAAAGUUCAUAAACCAAUCAAACAAACAUGGUGUACAAAUCAGUACAAAAAUAACCUUCAACAAAAACACCACAAACGAUAAAGAUAAAGCAUUAAACUUAUGGAUGAGCAGCAAACAAAAUGUUUCUCAAACCAGGAUUAAUACAGCAAGCAACCAUGUGGAGUUUUUAUUUAUUUAUUUUAAACUUUUAAAACCUUUACUGCCUCUUUUCUUUACAUAGACAAUAGUAGAGCUCCUAGUGCCACCUAAUGGUCCGGAGGAACAUAGCACCACUAAAGAAACCUUGUGACGGGCAAUGACUGUUACAACACCAGUGCACAAAGCAAGGUCCAUAAAGACAUGGAUGAGAGAAUUUGGUGUGGAGGAACUUGACUAGUCUACACAGAGUCCUGACCUCAACCUGAGAGAACACCUUUGAGAUGAAUUAGAGCGUAGACUGUGAGCCAGGCCAAAACUGGGACGUCUGUCUCUACAUGCACAUGAAUCUAAUAAGGAGUUGGCCCGCCCUUCACUGCUAUAACAGCUUCAGCUCUUCUGGGAAGGAUCUCCACAAGGUUUAGGAGUGUGUUUAAUGGAAUUUUUGACCAUUCCUCUAGAAGUGCAUUUGUGAGGUCAGGCACUAAUGCUGGACGAGAAGAUCUGGCUCACAGUCUCUACUCUAAUUCAUCCCAAAGAUGUUCCUCCACACCAGACUCACUCAUCCAUGUCUUUAUGGACCUUGCUUUGUGCACUGGUGUGCAGUCAUGUUGGAACAGGAAGGGGUCAUCCCCAAACUGUUCCCACAAAGUUGGGAGCAUGAAAUUGUCCAAAAUGUUUUGGUAUGCUGAAACAUAGUGUUCCUUUCACUGGAAUUAAUGGGAGUCCAACCCCUGAAAAACAACACCUGAAUUCAAUUAUUUGGAGGGGUGUCCCAAAACUUUUGGCAAUAUAGUGUGUUUAUGUAUAGAAUGUUGCCAUAGCGCAUAUCAGUGUGACUUUAGACCACCCUCUUCUGGGGAUUUUUUGUACUACAACUGCAGAACUUGUCUGAGGCUAUAGUCCCGGCUUGCCACUAGAUAGCAGUAAAGGUACAUCAAAACAGUGUGUAGUCAGUCUUACAUGCAUGUCCUGCAUCUAUGUACAGUUUUAUAGCUAGGCAUUAAGAUCUGUGUUUAGAUAAAUAAAUACUUGAGUGCUGAAGAAACACUGUUGUGAAAACUAGCAAACUGUUGUGAGGUGCAUGUAGUGUGUGAAUGAGAAGAGCUGACUGCUGAAAUAAACUAGUGUCAUGAAUGAAUGGAUAUGAAAAGUUAAGUACUGAUGAACACUCAGUCUUGGUAUUGCAAUUAUUUAUAUGAUUUUGAGCUGGUAUGGACUCCACAUGACCUUUAUGUGAUUUUUUGUUAAAUUCAUUCCUCCAUCUGUGUUGUUUACUAUUGUUAUUGUUCAUUAAUCACACAAGGGUCUUCAAAAGUAAAGACAGUAUGAAAUCGGUAAACAUUUUAUUUGGAAUAUUGAAACUUGACCUGCAAAUAAAUACUGCAUGGCAACAAAUCAAAUUAAUGUGCUGUACAUUUUCCCAUCAUUCUUGUUUGCUACCAAAUAAUUAUUAAAAAAUUCUGACAGUA